CUAGGAUUGAAGCGGUAACCACGGUAACCACGAUAAUCACGCGUAAACAUUCCAAGUAGGGCACAGCUCUAUGCGCACAAUCUGCUAAGUUCAACAUUCAACAUCUUUGCAAUCGUCGUUUAUGUCAGCAGCCUUAACAUUCAGGCCAUGGCUGCUACCGAGGUUGCGCAAGCUAAAGAGCAACUGAAGGCUACCACUGGAAAGCGUGUGCUCUGCGCUUUGGACAACUCGGAUAAUUCCGCCUUGGCGCUGCAGUUCGUGCUGGAUGAGUUGGUCAAGCCGGAAAAUGGCGACAAGCUCAUUCUCUUUCAGGCGACAAGGGCUGUUGACAUGUACGAUGAUGCGGAACUAGGUUUUAUAGCAGACGACCAAAUUGCUGCUGCCCAGGAGCGCCUUGUGCAGCUAUGCUUGUCCAACUUGAAGAGUAUCAAGGCAGGGAUCCAGGUAGAUGCUGAAUUGGUGGCUCUUCCCGGAGAUCCCCGGCAGCUGAUCCUCGACUACGUCAUGCAGCACCCUGUGGACAUGGUGGUGGUCGGGACGCGUGGACAGGGCAAGUUCAAAAGUCUGUUCUUGGGCAGUGUGAGCAGUUACCUCGUGAGCCACUGCCCCGUCCCAGUGCUUGUCGUCCCAAACCCCAAGACUGCCGCCACCCUUUUGAUGAAGAAGAGUGACAUCAUCAAGGCAUGAUCACAUGUAUGCUUACGUCAUCAGCGUCCCAAGUACGUCACUACUGGAAGAGAAUGAACUACGUCCAAUGAUAGUAUGGCCAGCUUCAGACGAUAACAUUUCCUUGUAACGUAGUUGUCGAAGAUGUAUGUACAAUGAGCCACUUGGGGACUCGUAAUCCGUGUAUUUUGAACGCAGACAUUGGAAUUGGAGAGGGUCCAUCAAACAGUAGAGGAGUAUACAUAUGAAGAAAGUGUUGCUGGAGGAAGUCGGCCAGAAGAAAUUGUCAGCGACUUGGAAGUAGCUGUCAGGUUGAGGCAGGCAGGAUUCGGGGACGUUUAGGAGCUGCUUCAACUGUCGUCGAGCUUGAUAUUAUGCUUGUUGUCCUCACACUGCAAGUCACGCUUCAUAAUAUAUUCCGUCAGCAAUUUAGUCACCUGGGUCCGGGCCAACCUGGAUGCUGGAGGCACGCCUAAAAAGCUGCUCAGUUCAGGGGAGAUGCGACUCGGCCGAGCAAAGC